ACAUGUCUAUAUGUUUUUCUUUCUAGGCACAAAGCAGUGGCACUUGAUAAGUCACCUGCAACCUGAAACAUCUUAUGAUAUUAAAAUGCAGUGCUACAAUGAAGGAGGUGAAAGUGACUACAGCAAUGUGAUGAUCUGUGAGACCAAAGUGAAGCGCACACCUGGAGCAUCAGAAUACCCAGUGAAGGACCUUAGCACACCACCAAAUUCUCCUGAUCGUGGAGUUGGGAGUAAUGCUGGUCAACCAAAUGGUCCCGUCCGAAGCAGUGACAUGUUAUACCUGAUUGUGGGCUGUGUCCUUGGAGUGAUGGUGCUCAUUCUGAUAGCCUUCAUUGCUAUGUGCUUGUGGAAGAAUCGCCAGCAAAUUGCCAUGCAGAAGUAUGACCCUCCUGGUUACCUUUACCAACGUGCUGAUAUCAAUGGGCAAAUGGUUGAGUACACGACAUUACCAGGCACAAGUCGUAUCAAUGGCAGCAUACAUGGAAACUUUAUCAGUAAUGGAAACCAUAAUAAUGGUUGCCUUCAUCUCCAUCACAAGGUUCCUAAUGGAACGAAUGGAAUCAUGAAUGGUGCUGUAAAUGGAGGAACUGUUGUUUAUCCAAGGCACACUAACUCCCUGUCCAGAGCACACAUGGAAUAUGAACACACCCACCACCUCGGAAAUGUAAGUAAGCCCUAGAUGUUGGAGGCCUGUUUCUUGAAC